UCUGUGCUGCUUCAAUCUCUCUUGCCGUUGUUGAAGGUUCUCGACUCCUCGUCAUCUGUUCUAGCAGAAAAGGAUCGAUGUCAUCCACAAAUAUAAUAGCACCAAGUGCAAUCGUCCCUGAAUUCCUUACAAAGGAUAAUUAUGAAGAUUGGGUAGUUUGGCUAAGAAACUACUUGUUGGGUGAAGAGCUUUGGGAAAUUGUUGAUGGAACGGAGCCUAUCCCUCAAGCUACUCAACCCCAGUAUAAGACGUGGAGAAAGAAGAAUGCACAAGCUCUACAUGCUAUCCAAAUUACAUGUGGAGCUGAUAUGUUUUCUCAUAUCAAACAAUUUGAUGUUGCCAAACCUGCUUGGGACCAUUUGGCCUCUAUUCACCAGUCACAAACUGAACAAAUUAAAUUACUUCCACAAACAGAAGCCAGCCCCGGCCCCGAAGGAGAUGCACCUCACUUAUUUCAUUCGGCCUCCAUGGGUCAGUGUCCGUCGGCAAGUAUUCAAAUGCUAUUACAUUCAUGCCAAAUGCAGAAUUUGACUUCUGCAACACACAACCAGGCUCCUGUGCACCCAACACAGAAAGAUAAUCUCCGGGAGGACAACGUUAGCUAUCUACCCCUAUACAAGGCCGUGGAUGAUGGUGACUGGGAGAGUGCCAAAAGAUUCCUUGAUGACCAUCCGGAUGCAGUGAGAGCCAGGAUCACGGCAACAGGGACCACAGCUCUGCUUGUUGCGUCUAUGAAUGGCAAUGUUGUCAUGGUGGAGAAGCUGCUACAGUUGAUGUCGGCAGAAGACAUGGAACUGAAGGACAUUUAUGGUAACACAGCCCUUUCCCGUGCUGCCAUGGGUGGAAUUACAAAGAUUGUGGAGGCCAUGGUGAAUGCCAAUAGACGUUUGGUAUGCUUACGAAAUAAUUUUGAUUGCAUCCCAGUUGUUAUGGCUGCUAUCUAUGGCCGCAAGGAUACGGUGCGCUUCCUUUACUCGGUCACCCCAGACGUUGAAUUUAAUCCUCAGAUAAGUAAUAAUAAUGGAGCUAUACUUCUUACUGAAGCAAUUCGUGCCGAGAUCUACGAUGUUGCUCUGAAUCUACUCCGACGCUACCCACGGUUAGCUAUUACUCAAAAUAAUCUUGGUGAUACAGUAUUGACUGCACUGUCUCGAAGGCCUUCAGCAUUUCCAAGUGGAAGUCGGCAUGGUAUUUGGAGACAAUGGGUCUACUCAUGUACGUAGCUGCCUCCAUUUUUUCUUUUAUUUGAGUGCAACAAUGGUUCUCUUAAAGAAGGUCAGCCAUACUGAAAAAAAAUAAUCUUUGUGGAGAAUCUUGUGUCAUUAUGCAAGCCACA